AUUCGAAUACCUUCUGCUCGGAAACCGACUGGGAUUACCACAGUUUCACAGUUCCUUGUAACAGCGGUUUUAUGCAUAGAAGACAUGAAGGACCUUUCUAACUGACUCAUCCAUGUCAUGUGGAUAUUAUCUGAGCUGUGAACCCCACCAUGGAAGAAACAUUCGGUGAUGUGUCCUCAGUCGUGGAGUCUAAUCUCUACCACAAUGUCCAUUCCAUCCUCAGAGAACUGGACUGUAAACCUCAGGCUGGAUCAGCCUGCAAUAAAGGCAUGUUGAGAUGGACUCUGCAUAACAGGGUGGACAAAAAUCCAUCUAUCUGUGUCCCUCUUUUGAGGGUUCUCAUAAAAGAGCUUGAAAAGGCGGCGAGAAUCAAUUCCAAGAUUCGCAUUAUUCCUUUACUUCACACACUUGUCUACACGGUCCUACAGUCUGUAUUUAUUCCAGAAGAUCUAUAUCGAAGGAUGUAUUUUUGCCUGAAAAGUUUAGUUACGUUACCUGAACCCUACUGUGCAAUCGCGCUCAACUAUGCAAGACAGAUGAAAAUGGAACAAAAUGCACCAGGAAUACUGUAUCAGAGGAGAGUCAGUGCCGAACACAAUCUAUGCAAUGAUCUUUAUCCACUCCAUGAGAAGGUGUUUGUGUUUGUAGAUCCUGUUGUGUUUCCUCUGUCUCUGGUGAGUGCGCUCAAGGCUGAUGUGGAGUGUGCAGACCCUGGUAGAGACUCAAUGAUCUACAAACGCAGAGUUUUACUGCACACAAUGCUAGCUGGAUUAGGAAAGAAGUGCCAGGUUGACCAGCUCUCACAGUCUCUAGAGCAUUUAGGUGAAGAGCUGGAGCUCCACUUCCAGGAUCUCGUCACCAUCCUAGAGCAGAGAACAGAAGAUGGACCUUCUGAUGAUAAUCAGUACAAAACAAGAUUACAAGAGUUCUACCAACACAUCCUGACUGCUGCCAAAGAUCCGUCAUGUCCAGCCUCGCAAGCAGAAACUCAGCUGCCCAGUCCUGAGGUCAGCUUCCAUGUGUGGACCAAAGAGGAUGAGAUAUGGAAUGAGCUGGUUAACUUUGCACUUAUGGUUCCUACGGACCGAAACUCUGCUUGUCUGGAUGAGGAUGACCUGAAGCGUACCUCUGUCGUGUCCACCGUGUCCACGGACAGCGGCAUAGAGGGAGACAUGCCCAUCAGCGAGCUCUCCUCUAUAAUGCUGGAGUCUCAGGGUGGCCCAGAGGAGCAGAGCAGCUCUCAGUCCUUCAACAGGAGGCCGUGUGUGCGAUGUCCCAAAGCUGGCAACAGAAUGACGCUCAUGAUGGAGGCCAUUAAGGGAAAUGGAGGAUACAGCCUCACUAAAGAGGAAAGGAACCUCACGGCCCGGAUCCUUGUAAUGGGUGACGACAGAACGCUAGGACGGCUCGCCAAGACUCUCCACACUAUACGGAAAAGGGAGGCACGACAUCUGCUGCUGACAAAGAGAGUGAAUAUGGAGAUGUAUUACAUUCCAGUGACUGACCAGACGCUUUCUCCUGUUCAGGAGGGUGUUCCUGAAGACAUGCUGGCAUUGGCAGGAUAUUUGGGAAGCGUGGAUCGGUGGUAUGACUGUAAUAUCAAUGGUUUGGGAGCCAUGAUACUAAAACUGGCCCAGAUGAAAUCAACUCAGAGUGAAUCUUCAGACCCCAACACCUUCCUGCUAGAUAUCAUCUCAUACUACACACGUGUCAGCCAGCAUCCGGUGCACCUUCCCAUCUACUCUGUCAAGAUCUGCUUCUCUGGCCUCAGCAGCACCACAGUGGAGGAGGUGUUUGUGGCUCAGCUCACCAUGGACUUUCCCGAGGUCAAACGCUACAGAGCCACAUUUAAAGACACAAUUAAAGGUUCAGUGCGUUACAAAACAUACAACCCACAAGAAUUUCAUGGUGCAGUUGUGUCAGUUAAUUAUAGAAAGGCCUCAAUAAGUGAUAGAGAAAAGGAAAUGGGAAUGUCUUUGGCGACAAGUGGCAUGUUGAUCAGCGUCUUGCCUUCAUGCAGAGUCAGAAGUCUACACAGUGUCAGCAUAAGUUUCCAAGAUAUGAAUCCCACAAGGCCCAGCACACAUUCAUUCAGAGCUGUUAGUGCCAAUAUCAGAGUUCUAGAGACGCGUACAUUCACAGUCUGUUUGGAUAAAGACCCACGUAAAACAUUUAAGAAUGUCCAGAGCAUUGAAGUUUCUCCAUGCUUGGACCCGGGAUACUCCCAUCAGCCGAGUUCAAAAUCUAAGUACAGUUUGGGAGAGGGAGGUGAACCGCUGGGCAAAUAUGUCAACAAGACCCUCACGCUACCAAUCAACACCUUCUGUGGCACUGAGCAAUGACUAUACGACUCGAAUUCAUGAUAUAAGAGCUUGAGUCAUGAGACAAACUGAAACCUGAUACCUCUCAGAGGCUUUUAGUGUUUUUUGUGUGUGCAUUUCCUCUUUUUCUCUCUUUUCUGUUGCCUAA